AAAGAAUGUCAUAAUAUAACAAAAAAUUUUAAUCGUGCAAAUCUUUUAAUGAGGCAAGAGUAUCUACCCCUAGGCCCUAACCCGGAUCCAUGUUGUUUUGGAGAGGAAAGAGACAUCUAGAAGCGCCGCAGACAGUUAAAGGAGACGAGGCUUCUGGAGAUAGAUUUCCCGAAUUCCGAGUUUUGAAGAUGAAGCAUUUUGAACUGGCCGACAUGGAUGAGCUUGGAUCGACCGUGGCUAUGGACGUGGACGAGGUAGAGGCGCUCGAUAUCUUCAGCGAUGGCCCUCUCGGCGGCACCGCCGAUCAUCACCGCCUUGCAGAUGCCGACUUUUUCAACUCAUUCGAAGACGAUUUCGAUGAUCUCGACAUCAACUGAGGCAGUAUUUUCACGGAAUUUCACCCCCCCUAUGUUGUCUCCCUGCUAAAACAAUCCUGCCGUUUUUCAUAUUUAUGAAUGUCCCCGGAUUCUGCAGAAGAAGAAUAACUGGAAGUUGGAAAUUUUAAAAAUUGAAAUUUCGGUUGCUAGCUGUGUUAUUCUGCUGCCAGUUUAUUCAUUGCUUUGCCUGAAGUAAUUAUGUGUAAGGUUUAAUUAAUGUCUUCGAUUUCAUCUGUGAAAAUUAUUGCCUUCUAGGUUAAAUCGCUUUGUGUUUAGUGAAUUAUGUGAUAAGUUCACUUUGUUUAUUAUAAAUUUUGGUGGCUUGUUUCUUAAUAAUACUCUGUAUAAUGG